AUGAACGUGGACGUGGACGUGGACGUGGACAUGGACGUGGACGUGGACGUGGACAUGGAGGUGGACGAGGAUGUGGACAUGGACGUGGACGAGGACGUGGACAUGGACGUGGACGUGGAUGUGGACGUGGACAUGGACAUGGACGUGGACGUGGACGUCGACAUGGACGUGGACGUGGAGGUGGAUGUAGACGAGGACGUGGACGUGGACGUGGACGUGGACGUAGACAUCGACUUGGACGUGGACAGGGACGUGGACGUGGACGUGGACGUCGACAUGGACGUGGACGUGGACAUGGACGUGGACGUGGACAGGGACGUGGACGUGGACGUGGACGUCGACAUGGACGUGGACGUGGAGGUCGACGUGGACGUGGACGUGGACGUGGACGUGGACAUGGACGUGGACGUGGACGUGGAUGUGGACGUGGACGUGGUCAUUGACGUGGACGUGGACAUGGACGUGGACGUGGACGUGACUUGA